UACGAUCCCACCAAAAAACAAAACAAUGCAAAUAAUAUCAAUAGAACUGACUCAAAUGCUAGCGUACAAAGCAGAUCAAAAUUACCCCAACCUGUGGGCAAACCUGGAUCCAAUUCCUACGUGAACUCUACAAAGACAUCUGAUAUGGGAAUCUCCUGGGAUAGUAGCGACUCGGAGGCAGAAGAUAAUGAUGUCACCAUGACUGUAAAAAAGCAAAAUCCUGCUAUCAAAGUUCCGGAAAAGUCAAAACAAACUAGUGCCCAACAAAAACAGAAAAUACAAAAAGCUGCUGAUUCUUGGGACGAUGACUCUGAAAUGUCCCCAGUUCCUCAAAAACAGAAAUUAGCCGUGCCUAAAAAGGCGACAAAACAAAUAAGUGAUGAUGAGGAAAGUGAUUCAUGGGAUGAUUCUCCACUACCUAGUGGCCGCAAGGAAGGCAAUUUAGCCUCUCUUAAGAUGCCUCAGUCCAAGGUGCCAUCUGGAGACAGAUUCAAUGAUUCUGACCUACCUCUUGCCAGUAGUACUACUAAGAGUGACAAAGGCAGUAAGCUCAACAAGGAUAAACAAAAAGCUGUCCUAGCAGAGCUUGGUCUUAGUGACCUAUCAGACGACAGUGAUGAAUCUCCUUCCCCUGGACGUAAAGGCCGCAGCGACAGUGAUUGGUCAGAACCUAGCACCCCACACAAUAAAUAUACAGCGUCAUUCACAAAUAAAAAUACCUCAGGAGCAGCUGCUGCUGGGAAGCGUCAGCCUGCUGUACAGGAGGAAUCAGAAUUUGACAGUGGAGGGGAACAAGCUACUAUGGAACAGCCUAGUCAC